CGAGAGGAGCUUUGGGUGCGCUGAAACUUAACCAAAACGCGUGUUUUGGGCAAAAUACGGGCAUGGAAGAAUUACGACCGUAAUUCAGCCCGUAAUUCGACCAGAAUCGGGUUUUUGAGGCCAAUUUCGAGCCAAGAGAGAGGGAGAGCUGGGUUUUGGAUCCCAAACACCCAAGGGACGAACCCUAGAGAGAGAGAGCGACUUGGGAACAUUCUUGGAGCUAUUUUGGAGGAUUUCUUCGCCAUUGGAGCUCGGGAAUCAAGCUUGGAGAUGGAGAUUGAAGAUCUAGAUCAGAUUUCUGCAGUCUCUCUCUUCUCUAUGGAGUAACUUCCCUUCACUUAGGUUUUGAGGAACCCUAGUUCCAUGAGUUAGGAUCUUUCUUGUAUGAAGUUUUGGAUGCUAUAUUGUUUGAUUAUAAUCGAAUGAUGCAUGUUUAUUGAGUCAAUUGAAGUCUGAUCAACUUUUCCUGAUUUCUGCUUCAACCUAAGAUAGAUAGAAUCUGAUUAGGUUGCUAGAGCCUCAUCAUUCGGUAGUAGGAGAUUGGCUAUACGAGAGUUAGCCAGUUUACUGCUUUGCACUGGAAUCCAAUUCCAGUAGUGGAGUUCUGUGCUAAUUGCUUCAGCUUUCUAUCCCGGUGAAGACUAGUCGUCUGCCGGAUAGUUAGACUGAGAGGGCUUGGUCAGCUUAAGAGAUUCCAAGCUACUGUCGGAUCUUCCGCAGUUUAAUCAACAGUAAAACAACCAGAGGUAAUUGAAACUUGGACCUAAUUAAGGAGCUAGGGGGAAUCAUACCUAAGUGAGUUCCCAAACUGUAAUUAGUAGUUUUACUUAGUUUAGUUAGUAGAAUAGUUUAGUUAAUCAAUCCUUAAUCUAAUUUGCUAGAUAAUGAACUGAAGUUGAGUAAUAGUAACUCUAGAGACCCGUGGAUUCGAUACUUAUUACUUGUGCCACUAUACUGCAGUCCCUUUCAUUGGUUACACUUGGCCAUUGUUAGGUGUUGUGUUUUAGCGCAUCACAUUCGCUCACCUUUAGUCGAUUUUAUCUAACCUUUUUCUUUUGCGGGCUUUAUUUGUUGUUGAUUUCCAUCGUGGUUCAUUUUUCUAUUCUUUUAUGUUCAGUUUCUUAUUGUUCCUUUUUUGUUGUGUUUCAUUUUUUGUUUUGUUCUUUGUAUUCUAUUCUCCAUGUUUGAAUUACAGGCAUGUCGCACUAAUGUUACCCUUUGGAAACCCCACAUUCGAUGUUCUCCUACUAUUCUCUCCGCCCCUGUUAUCGGGAGACCGGGUUGCCCCUCUUCGUCCCAGGAACCCACCACCCCUAUUUUUCGCUUUUGAGUUUUCUAAUCAAACUUUCGGCUUUAGCCAUCGUCGGAUUUGCUGGUGCCACUUGCACUGUCUCCCUCCGUCGUGGCGUGCAAGUUGGUACUUUGCUCUUUCCUUCAGCUUUCAAUUUGGAAGGUGUCAUGACUGGCGCAGACUGUGACAUUAGCAGUGGUGGGAUAAGCCUUACCAUGCUUUACAUAUUCUCAUGAGAUGUGCUUUUUAGUUUGUAUUGGUGAGUGGCAGCAGGAUAAGUUGUCUCACAAAAUAAACAUGUGUUUCCUUUUGGUGUUUUUUUAAAUGAGAAUGCCCAAAGUUUCCUGCUUCGGUUUUGGGAUACCAUGGGUUGGCUCACUCUCUGUGAGAUACCUUCAUUUUUAUUGUUCAUGACAAAAACUUAGGAUUUGCUAGAAAUGAUAAGGGUUUAGCAUUAGUAUUCAUAAGACAAUUAGUGAAAAAUUAGAAUCUACAAUGUUUAGUUUAAAGUUUUGUGUUCUCAUUUGAAAUUCAGCCUGUUGUUCUCGGAGUUGAUAGGCCUAAGUUAUGUCUCAAACAUAGAUCUGAUGCAUUCAUCUUAUCAUAUCAUUAUAUAGAGUAUUCUGUUCCACAACUGAUUUCUCCUCCGGGCCUUUUUUGUUUGUUAUGUUCUUGGAAACUAAUAAAUUUCUAGGGAAAUUAAAAGCUGGCCACCAACGAAGGAUGAAUGCCUUUUGUAGAUUCUGUCAUGGUGUUUUAUUUUGCUGUGUCUAUUCUUGAUUUGAAGUUUCUCAUAGCUUCCCUACAUAAGUUUAGGUAAGGAAAAGUAGUACUCAAUUAGCUACAUAGGUACUUUUAUUAUUAUAAUAGAAUUAGACAGUGUUGCGGGUAUGAGUUUUGGUAAAGUUGUUAAGUUAUUAUUAUCUCUACAUCUUUGUAGUUUUGCCAAAUUUUGUGGCGUUCAAAAGUUGAGUUAUGUGGUUUAGUAUUGUCACUACAUUGUAUAUGUGUUUCCUGAAUCUCCAUGGCUUAAUGAGCUACAUAUAUUUCGUGUUUUUUAAUGGAUAGGGUGGUUGUGUGGAUGUAUCAAUAAGCUUUGCUCGAUACUAAAAAUAUUAAUGCCUAAAUCUCCCAUAAUAUUAGUAGUGAACAUGAAGUUGGUGACCUUGAUGCUGCCAAAUGCACCAAAAUUGAUCAAGCAAACCAUGAUAUUAUAUUGCAACAUCGUUAGUCGAGUCACUAAAGAGGAAGGUCCAUGUGAAUUCAGAAAGUGAUGCACAGAUGAUCGAGUUUUUGAAUGUUUAUUCUCAUGAAUGUUCAAUUAGGUUUAUCGAUGACUUUAUACGCAUUAUAGCUGAGUGGAUUGUGUGUUUCUCUAUACCUACACGUUUUAUUUUGCUAAGUCACUUUGUAUGAAUACUUCACCAUGUUUGUGAAUCCAUUUCUUUUUAUGCAUGGAGCAUCAUGCAAAUCAUCAUGCCUUCUAACAAUAACUAUAUAUAUACACUAUCUCUUCCCCUCUUUUAUCUAUGGCUCUAUCUUCUAAUCAAGUUGCAACACUACUACAUUACGCUACAUAUUUCCUAGCUCCUAGAAUCAGUGGCGGAUUCAGAAAAUUUUCACAGGGGUGUCCUCUUCAAAAAUUAAAUUUAAUUAUAAAUAAUUCGUAUAUUAAAAAUAUCAUACUUGUAUAAUUUUUAUAAAAUUUUUAUUAAAUAAUAAAUUAAAAUUCAUAUUUUGAAAAAAUAAUAUAAAUAAACUCCGUGUCUGCACUGUUCAAAAAAUCUACAUAUCCUACUAGACAAUACUUCACGAACUUAUCACAUAUUCGAUUUCUAACAUUGUUCUUAAUGUAGCUCAAAGUAGAAAAGACUCUUUCAACACUUGCCAUGUAACCAUAAAAUCAAUUCAAAAUUAAGGGUAGCGUGUACGUAGUUUAAUUAUUAGGUAUUGAAAAUAGUUGGGGAUAAAGAAAUAGCGUUAAACUGU